GUGAAGUGGACUAUUUGGAGUGCUUGCAUGCCGCGUCAUGAGGAAGCUUGGUAGCUAAAUGGUUCACUGGUUCACUAAAGCGCUCUAAGAUCAAUUGAAAACUGUGAUAUGAAACGAACUUGAAUUUUAAUGAGAUUUUGAUCAAGCUGAUUUACGAUUAUGUAAUUAGAUUAGAAAGUGGUGCCAAAAGUAUUUAAAGGCUGCACAGCCCAUGUUUGAUCAUACAUCAGUUAUUUCGUGCUAAGUUGAAUAGCGAAGAUACACAGACGAAGUUCAAGAUUUUUCUGUUCUCCCAAACCUGAUUUGUCAAGACAUGAAGAUGAUUUUUCCUGCUACAAUUUUAAUAAGCUCCAUGUUGGUGCCUUUGGUCUUUUCUGGGACAAUGUAAGUAAAAAUAUUUUGCGCUGUUGUGGUUUAUGUUUCAGUAUUUUAACUACCUGAAAAAUAUUAAGGUUUGUUGCGAAGCAGUUAGUAGCUACGUAUAUACCUGACGAAGAGCUUUCGGAGGCGAAACGACGAAGAAUUAGUGCAUGCCAGUAUCGUAAAUACUGUAUUGAAUCCAUAGUUAGAAAAAAGUUAAUAUCAGUUUUGCCUAUUCAAAUGAUUUGGUAACGUAAAUAUUAACAAUUUGUAUACAGAAAUUUUAAAAGGUAUCUCACGGCAGAGGCCGCGGAAGCAGGUACUGUGAGACAUCGGCCGCGGAACUGGGGGCAGGUGACCCCCACACACACACACACACAUUUUUUGGGCAAGGAAAGAUUGUGCCAUUGUAGUGAAAUAAAAGUGCCCUUUUUUCCAGCAAUUAAAAAGAAAUUAUAAAAGCCCCCUUAAGCCUUUGUUAUCAAAAACGACCGGAGACUUUGAAUGAAAUUGCAUUAAUUAGUAAAAAAGUGUUCUCUUUAAAUUUGUGGUUAGUGUGUUGAUGUUCAGUUUAGGACGCAGAGCUAUUAGAGUAUACGUAUAACAUCCCAGGCUGUAUAUUGCAUGCGUACAAACCUCUAUCUAGACCUUCUAAGGACACGUCGGUUAACAUAUUUAGAAUGUUUGCUGACUCAACUAGUGCCCUUUCUGCUGAGUGCCCCCUCACUUUCGAAGUGCUCUGACCUUAAUAUAAACGUUAUGUGCCAGCGUAGGUAUAGUCAGACAUUCACACCAAACAACUACGGAUUGAGGGGGGAGGGGGAUUCCGACAAAGGGCUUUACGUUCGAUACCGAGGGGUAAAUUACUCUGAGAAUCUUCGUACACUUCAUCAAAAAUCCAAAAAAAUCUUUGGAAAAAUCCUAAAAUCUUACUAAAUCCCAGAAUCCCAAAAUCCCAAGAAACCUCUAAAAAUUGCAUAAAAUACUUGGAAAAAGCCCAAUAAAAUCCUCAAAAUUAUUGCAAUAUUGCGGAAAUCCCAUCAAAUUUAAAUAUUUAAAUCGUGAGUUGAUUUACUUCAUUUUAAAAAUAAUUCGACGGAUUAAAAAAUUUCGGAAAAGUUCGGCGAAAACAAAGAAGGGAAAAUAUUUCGAAAAAAUCAGCUGAAAAAAAUUAUCCCAAAAUCCCUUAAAUUUGGGGAAAAACCCAGAAUCCCGAGAAAAUUUGCCGGGAUUUUCUAAUCCCAAAAAUCUUCGGAGUAAUUUACCCCUCGUUCGAUAGGUCGAAGUUUUACGUAUAUUUUUCAGAUAGUCAAAUCUCUCUCAAUCCUCAGCUGUCUUGAGCUUAAUAUGUUCGCUUGAAUUCAAUAUAUUAUGCAAUUCAUGCACUACUUGAACGGUCGCUUGAAUUUUUUUCGCCGAGAAUUUAAUAAAUGAACUCUUCACAGACUUCACAAUCAAUUGCAUUUCAAUAGUUUUAUUACGUAAAUAACAAUAUGGUAUAAAAUAGUUGAAGCCAAUAUUAUCUCAUUAGUGCUUUGGGUCCUCCUAUAUCUAUGUUUGGGUCCUUCUACAUUCAAAAUGUCAGGAGUUUGUGCAUCUCACUUGGUAGAACUAAUUGCAGAAGGGUUUUGUAUAGAUGGAACUAUGGAGGGAAAUUGGAGCAACUACAGGCUCACUGGCAAGCAUGCAGGAAUCAAACGUGUGGCCCGGCGAUUCCAGUGCAGCGCUCUAACCAACCUGAGCUACAUGUAGAGUCCAGUUGUCGAAUUCUGGCCCGUACAAAACCCUUAUACAUUUAUUCUAAAGGCCCUGUCACAUGCACUAUUGCGUAUGAAAGAAACGUAUGAGAAGCGUAUGAAAAUUAAUGAAAUAAUUUUCAGACGCACAAAAAUCCUUUGAAAUGCCAGCGUAUGAGUACCGUAUAUCUGGCGUACCUCUGGCGUAUUCAGCGUGUGCCUAGAGUAUGUAUGUAUGUAUGUAUGUAAACUUUAUUUAAAGACGUUAGCCUCGUCAACAAUUUGUUGAUUUUCACGAGGGACGUCUGUUACUAUUAAAAAUUACAAAUAUGAUAUAGAAAAGAAUAAAGAAUUAUAUACAACUAUUUACAAUACAAGAAUUAAGUUCCAAACGGUGUGACCCAUAUUUCUGAAGCAUGCAUAUACAGUAUAUUAGAAGAUGUUAGCGUGAAACUUUCAGGCAGUUUUUAAAAGAAUAAAUUGAUUGCGCUAGCUUCGCAUCAGAAGGAAGACUAUUCCACAAUUUAGCUCCGCUAUACUUAAAGCUUUUUUUUAGAAAUUCUCGUUUUGGCUUAGCAAGGGUAAGGUCAGUAUAAGUAUUGUGAAGAUUAUAACUGGUUUGAACAAGGUCCCUUCUUGUUAGAGCAUCCUUCAAGUUCGGCCCAGCGCAAUAAUUCAGGACUUUAUACAUUAAUGUGGAUUUAGUUGUACGUUGUCUUAUCUCUAAAUUUUCCCAAGCAAGGGAUCGAAGAACAUCAGCAGAUCUUAUUUCAUAGCUGGCGCCGGUUAUAAUUCUCGCUGCACGGUUUUGGAAUUAUCGUAUAAGGCAUACGUCCGAUACGCACAAAAUUUUUGAACAUGCUUAAAAAAAAUGUUCUGGCUCGCCGUAUGCCAGCGUAUGUCACCGCGUAUGCGACCGUGCUUGAAACGUAUACAACCUACGCCUAACGUACUCCUAGCGUAUGUCAGCGUACACCGGCGUAUGAGUGAUAUUUUUCAUACGCUGGCAUACGCUAGUAUGAUACGCAAUAGUGUGACAGGGCCUUAACAUAAACCUCAACCAGUGAAUUAUAGCCUGCAUGCGGACAGUCUAUAAUUGUUAGCAGGCUAUGAAUUAUUGAUUCCGUUAAAAAUAUACGGGGCGUUGGCCAUUACUAUACUGCAGACAGCAGCACCAAUGGCACUUUUUACGCAAAUUGUUAAUAAUUAUCAUGACUGGCGUUGUUAUGCAUGGUUGGAAUUUGUCUGUUAAUGACGUGGUAUUAGUGGGCUGAAAACCUCAAUGGCCCACCAAGAAUUAUUUCUACAUGCAUGCACUAUAGCAUUUUCACUGAACAAAUAUAUAAAAGGCAGUGGCGUAGCCAGAACGAUAAUUGGGGGGGGGGCAUAUUCAUAUAUUCGUGUUCACAUACCAUAAAAACAAUUGAUUUCGAAAGAAAUUUAUAAAGCAGAACAAGAACAUAUGAAUAUACCCCCCCCCCCAAUUAUCGUUCUGGCUACGCCACUAUUUAAAAGCAUUAAUUGUUUAUUUGCCCAUAAUACUACGCGAGAAAAUGCACCAAUUACAUCAAAGUACAUUUAAGCGAACGGAACACUAGUCAAUUAAAUUGUUCUCGAUCGAAGUGGAUCCGUUUUAAAUUAGCAUAUAAAACGGCUCCACAACCAUUUAAUUGACUAGUGUUUCGUUUGAUCAUUUAGAUCAUUUUAACAUAUUUACAGUCAAACCGGAUGUUCUCUUGCGGGCAUUGUGUCCCACAAUAUUGCAAUUUUGAUAGGCAGUUUGCUCUGAGCAAAUUGCAACCGACGCGAACAAAUUGCAAGUUGGAAAUUCACAAAAGAUCUGUAAACAAAGCCUCUAAUUGGAUUAUAAGAAAGAGGGAAGCCAAUCAAAUAGUCUGAGCAACUGGAUUGGUGCUUCAUCCUUUGUUAUAGUCCAAUCAGAGGCUUUGUUUGCAAAUUGCUCAGAGCAAUCUGCCUAUCAAAAUUGCAAUAUUGUGGGACAAUAUUGCAAUGUUGCUCGCAAGAGAACAUCCGGUUUGACUGUAAGAAAUGCCUCGCCGAAUUAAGAGUUUGAAACAAUGCAAAAGUUCGAGUUCUAAUACGAUGGAUCAACGUGGUGACCAGUAGUAUGUCCAUGCAGUAAUAGUAUAUUGAUUAAUGUUACGUUCUACUAUCUAUAAUCGCAUAUAUAUUAAUAUGCCAAUGAUGCAUCUCGUGUGCUUCUGCCUUACCCCAUUUGUUCAUUCAGUGUUUUAUUUUUGUUUGUAUUACAGAAAUGCACCAAAAAAGAAUUGUCGCUGCCGUAGAAGCGAUGCGUUCUAUACCAAUGGACUAUGCUUACGAUCGUUACCAUGCAAGAAGAAUCGUGAGUAUACAAACUGUAUAUAUUAUGUUUUCAAAUCCGAAAAUGAAGGCUGGUGUUAGUAAUUGGAACGGCUUCAAAUCUCUUCCAAACACAAUAUGAGGUUUUGAAAUGAUAUUUUACAUUAAGUAGUUUAAUCGAAUUUUCUUGAGUUAACAAAACAAAGCAAUAUAUGAUCGGCUAAUAUUAUUGACAUAAGAUGUAAUUAAUGAACAGCGAGUGCGAGUGUUUCACCAGGAUAUCCAAACACGAUAAAACAAUGUAUGAAAACACGAGCGCGAACCGCCAGUGUUUUCAUACAUUGUUUUCGAGUGUUUGGAUAUCCCGGUGAGACACGAGCUCGAGUUGUUUAUAUGGCUUCUCAAAUGAAUCGAGACGUAACAGAAUGUUUUCGUUUGCUGAUUUGAAUAGAAUUCUUAACCAAGCAUAACGUAAUUAGGAAUUCUAUUCAACUGAGUAAUUUUGCAUCAGGCGUAAUUAAGAUAUUUGAUGGAAACACUAGUGACUUUCAUCAAGUUUCACCGGGUUAUCCAAAUGGCAUCUUUUCAUGAAUAGGUGAUUAUCAUUGGCCGAAUUGCUCAUGAAUUAUUAAUGAAUUUGGGAAAUAUAGUUAAAAUGCAUCUAUAUAACCUCAAUUCUUUUUAUCAUCUCAUUCGCAAGAACUUUUGAAAUUAUAUGGCCCACUUUGUUUUAGUUCGUUGGAUACACAAAUGUCCGGAAUUUGGAGGAAAAGCUUGUAUACCUUAUUCAUUAUCGAGUAUAAUUCAUUAAAAUGAAGACGCUUAGAGUUGUUGGAGGAUGGUAUACAUAUGUAAUAUACGAUUAGCCUUUUUUACCCCAUAGUAUUUAACUGUAACUUACAUAAGUCAUUAUUAAAGUGUGAUGUAAAUUGCGGGCAUUUGCAAUAUCUCAGAAACAAAAUGAAGAAACGAAAAUCUUCAAAAUAAGAAAAUCUUCGAUAUAACUUGUGAUUCGAUUAAUCUAUGAGAUAAUAAAAGGAAUUGAGGUUAGGUGCACUUUAACAAAAAAUACCGGCAUUUCUUCUAAUUCGAACAGAGAUACUUCCAAGUAUGCUGAGAGACCGUCAACUUGGAAACAAGAUUGUGGUGUGCAAUCAAAAAGUGUAUCGUGCCUAUCCCGUGAUGACAAAACGUUCCAGACGUUGCCCUGUUGCUGGUACUUUGUAUAAUCUGAAGUUUAAUGUUUGUGUCAGAAUGUUGAAAUGCUCUGAAAAAGGUGAGAGUUCAAUAUGUGAUACAGGACUAUAGGUUUGAGGUGCCUCAUGUACUUUUCAAAAAGUCGAAAUUAAAGUUAAUAGAAUUAGGACUGUUUUCGGCUAUGGUCUAGGCUAGGUGUACCUUGGUUCAGGUGGGAAGUUCAGAAUAUUGAUAAUUAGCCUUUCUCGCGGCCGAUUUUUCCGCCAUAUUUUGGGGGUACUGCCACUUCCACAUUUGAGAGUCUCCGUACCACGAAAUGCAACUUUUUAGUAUUAUUUUUAGUACGAUAAUACAUUUGCAGUUGCAACUUUUGAAAGUCACUUUUCACGUUGUUUAAAUUGUCUAAAAUCUUUCACGAGGGCAGAUAGCGCCCCCAAAAUGGCGGAUUUUACCCUUCGUGAAAAAGACUAAUUGAUAAUCAUAGAAGAACCAAUGUCAAAACGAUUUGAUAUGAAAAAGUCUGUACAAAAGAAUGAUGCUCGUCAGGAAAGCUCACUGCCUCACUCAAACACUCGUAAAACCACAUGCUAUACGUAGCAGCCAAAUCUGAACCUCAUCAAAGUUAGUUUAGAUUGCACCAGUAUAGCUGAAGAAAGAUGGAACCUUCAGGAACAAUGGGGUGGGGCUCUAUCUUGGGACAUUUGAGACCUGAGAUGUCUUUAACUACACUAUCCACACGAUACCACUAGUCAUAUACGAUUCUUAUCCUGUCGUAUGUACUCGAAUAAAUGUAAAUUGUCACGAAUAAAUGUAAAUAGUGCAGUGGCGCUGUGGCGUCAACAUUCGUUUUCAUACGCCAGAAUGACAAUCGUAUGUGACUAGUGGUACCGUGUAAAUGGACUUAAUAUGAGCUUCAGUUAGUUUAUAAGAAGAUCAUUUUUGUUGCUGCUGUAAUUGGAAUGGUUGCAUAUCAGAUAAAGAAACUAUAUACUUGAGUUGAGAGAUGACCUUUCAUAAUUUGAUUAAAAAAUCGAAAUUCGGCACGAGUUCUUUUGAGAAACAGUUGAAUAUUAUUUCACAAUCACUUUCUGCAAGAAUGUCGAGUGUAUCUAAAAGUCGAGGGUCGAGAGUCGAAACAAGAUUGUGGUGUGCAAUCAAAAAGUGUAUCGUGCCUAUCCCGUGAUGGCAAAACGUUCCAGACGUUGCCCUGUUGCUGGUACUUUGUAUAAUCUGAAGUUUAAUGUUUGUGUCAGAAUGUUGAAAUGCUCUGAAAAAGGUGAGAGUUCAAUAUGUGAUACAGGACUAUAGGUUUGAGGUGCCUCAUGUACUUUUCAAAAAGUCGAAAUUAAAGUUAAUAGAAUUAGGACUGUUUUCGACCCAUCCCUGAGUGUUUGCAUUUAAUUAAAAUAAGCUGUUAAUCAUUGUGAUUGGUUAAAGUAUUCGCAGCCAGCUAAGAGGUGUUUAUAGACCCCUAGCCCCUCCCCCUUGUUCCGCCUAUGCAGCAUUGAAAUUUUGUUUCAUGUAAAAUUGAGUAAAAAUGAGGCAGGGAAAUUCCUGUAUUUUCUGUUUAAUAAUUUUCAUCCUUUUUCUAUCCAUAGGCAUGAUAGCAUUACAUGAGUAAUUGUAGCCUUACUUUAUAUCAUGUAUUUUGUCUUUUGUUUAGUAUUUGGAGUUCCGAAUGGUUCCGUCUCAAGAAGAUAUUAUGUUUUAAAUGAUAAAAUUUAUCAGUCGUAUCCUUCACACUGUCAGUAAGAUUAUCUUAAUGUCAAGGUCAAAAUAAGAAGAACUGUAGUAUGCAUUCAUUACGUACAUUAAUGCUUUG